AUGGGUGUCGGCCGUGUUAUCUGCGUGGCUCUGCCAUUCAUCCUCAGCGUUGGUUCCAUGAUCUUCCUGCUGGUCGCUGCUCUCGGCGGUGUUUCCAACAAGGACCUUUACAUGUUCCGCGUCAACCUCACCGAUCUCGAGAUCAACCCUGCUUCCGUAUCAAGUAUAGUCUCAAGGGACGUCAAGGCAGUCAACUUUGGAAAGUACCACGACCGCGCUCUUCUCACCGGCGAUGGUGACAACGCCAUCACCAAGGCUGCCACCGACUCCUCCACCACUCAGACCAGUAACAUCACCGCUGCCGACCUUGGCCUCGACAACCUCUACGACAUCGCUCUCUGGGGUUACUGCACCACCGACACCAACGGCGACAAGACCUGCACCAAGGCCAAGUUCGACUGGGCUUCAUCCUACCUGAACACAUCCACCCUCGAGACCAUUGGCACUGCUGCCGGCCGCAAGAUCGAGCUUCCUGAUGAGGUUACCACUGCCCUCUCCGCCUUCAAGACCGCUACCAAGUGGACUCAGGUUGCCUACAUCAUCGCCUUCAUCGCCCUGGGUCUCGAGAUCGUCUUCGGCAUCUUCGCCAACUGCACUCGUGUCAUGUCCUGCAUCACCUUCCUCGUCGCAUCUCUCGCUUCCGUCGCCGUUUGCGCUUCCGCCGCUCUCUCCACCGCCAUGUCUGUCAUUGUCGUUGGCGCUGUUGAGGGUACUGCCAAGUACUACGGUGUCUCUGCCGGCUUCAACAACAGCUUCCUCGCCCUCAUCUGGAUCUCUGCCGCUCUCGCUCUUGGCGCCGGCUUCUUCUGGAUGUUCACCAUCUGCUGCUGCGCUCCCAGCCACACCCGCAAGGACCGCAAGCGCAACAGUGAUGGCGAGAAGCUUCUUCCCCAGUCCAGCAGCUACCAGCCCAUUCACGAGGAGAACGGCUACUACAAGCAGCAGCAGGCUACCCAGUACGGUGCUCCCCGCUACGCCAGCGGUGCCCGUGGUGACACUGCUUACGAGCCUUACUCCCACCGCUCUUAA